GCGCGCGCUGCCGGCGGUCGUCUGCUUCGUGUUGGCUCGCAGCAGACGGCACCGCGAAACUUGUUGCGAGAAGCCGUCUCUUGUCGCGUGGAGGUGGUGCGGUUGUGUGUGUUGUCUGCAUGUGCGUGCGUACUUCGAUCUGUUUCCGGGGGAAGUGACCAAGGAAGACGAGAGAGAUUGAUUCGCAACUGCGCAUCGCCUGUGUGCCGGACUGGGCCAUGUCGGAUAAAAAGCAGCUUCCCUGCGAGCUCAACAACCUGAAAGGCGGCAGUGAUGACGAAGGUGCGGUCGAAGAUGCGCAAGCACCGCACAUGCCCGAGAGGGGACAGUGGACGGGCAAACUCGACUUUCUUAUGUCCUGCGUGGGCUACGCCAUCGGCCUGGGGAACGUCUGGAGGUUUCCCUACUUAUGCUACAAGAACGGAGGCGGAGCGUUCCUGGUUCCGUACCUGCUGACACUGUUCCUGGCGGGUAUUCCAACCUUUUUCCUCGAGACGUCGCUCGGGCAGUUCCUCAGCAUUGGCGGUCUCGGCGUCUGGAAGAUAUGCCCCAUCUUCAAAGGAGUGGGCUACGCAGCAGCGGUGAUGUCCUUCUGGCUGAACUCGUACUACAUCGUGGUGCUGGCCUGGUCCUUGUACUACAUCUACUCGGCCCUGUCGUCGGACGUCCCCUGGCGCUCGUGCGACAACUGGUGGAACACGCAGAACUGCCGCUCCGAGUACGAGCAAUACAACUGCUCGGUACAGCGGCCCGGUGGCUCCUGUCCCGAUCCCAAGCUCAUCAGGAGCCCCGUCAAGGAAUACUGGGAGGGCAAUGUGCUGCAGAUCACGGGAGGCCUGCACGAGCCCGGCGACUUACGCAUGCCGCUGGCCAUCACUCUCCUCAUAGCCUGGGUGCUGUGCUACUUCUGCAUCUGGAAAGGCGUCAAGUGGACGGGCAAGGUGGUCUACUUCACAGCGCUGUUCCCCUACUUUCUCCUCUUCAUCUUACUGGUGCGCGGGCUCACAUUACCCGGCGCCUUUGAAGGCAUCAAGUUCUACGUCCUCCCCGACAUGAACAGGCUGUCCGAUUCGGUGGUUUGGAUUGACGCUGCCACACAGAUAUUCUUUUCGUACGGCUUAGGACUGGGCUCUCUAAUAGCUCUGGGAAGCUACAACAAGUAUCACAACAACGUGUACAAGGACGCGCUGAUCGUGUCCUGCAUAAACAGCGGAACAUCUAUGUUCGCCGGCUUCGUCAUCUUCUCGGUGAUCGGCUUCAUGGCGCACUCGCAGGGGAAGGACAUUGCCGACGUCGCAGCCUCCGGUCCGGGUCUUGCGUUCCUGGCGUACCCUUCCGCGGUUCUGCAGCUGCCCAUAUCCCCGCUCUGGGCGGUGCUCUUCUUCCUCAUGAUCGUCAUGCUGGGACUUGACAGUCAGUUCUGCACACUGGAAGGCUUCAUCACCGCCGUUGUGGACGAGUGGCCCCGGCUGCUCCGACCUCACAAGGAGAUCUUCAUCGCGAUCGUCUGUUUUGUCUCGUACCUCAUCGGACUCAGCUUCGUGACACAGGGUGGCAUGUAUGUGUUCCAGUUAUUUGAGUACUACGCUGCCAGUGGAUUCGCACUUCUAUUCCUCAUCUUCUUUGAAGUGAUCUCCAUAUCUUGGUCAUAUGGUGCCGCACGAUACUACAAGAACCUGGAAGACAUGAUCGGCUACCGACCGUGCAUGUGGUGGAAGUUCUGCUGGGUCUUCCUGACACCAUGCGUCUGCUUUGGGGUGUUCGUGUUCAGCCUGGUGCAGUAUCGGCCGUUGAAGUACAUCGACUACGUGUACCCCUGGUGGGGUCAACUCGUUGGCUGGUUCCUUGCGCUCUCCACAAUGCUCUGCAUUCCUGGAUACGCGAUUUACAAGUUCAUCGUCACACCAGGGGACCUGCGCACGCGCUGCAAGGAGCUGUUCCGCCCGGACGUGGACAUCGAGACCGAGAUCCGAGCCCGCAAGCACCGCGAGAGGAGCAUCACUGCGACCACCGUCUAAAGUGUGACGCCCGCACGAACAUUCCUUCGUCCGGUGGCGAAUGCCGACUACAUCCUUCGAGCACCACCAACGCUUUGCUGUAUGCCUCGACAACGGCGGCGUUGACGCGCGCCGACGGAGACGUCACAGCACUGCCUCUGCACGGACCUCUUUGCAUUUGUACUCCGUACACAUUAAGACGCUCAAACAUUUGAUCAUGGCUCGCAACCGUCUUAAUUUCGGUGUUUAUUUCAACACGGAGAGUGCUCGACUGUAGCGACUGUAAUUACUUAAACGCAGCGUCUUUCAUGACCGCCUUAGCAAACACUUGACGUUGAAAAUUAUGUAUCAGGUGCGGUAAGUACGGACUGUACCGCUUUGCCGCUAGCUAAGUUCAGAAACGGGGCCGGAAACAAUGGUAUUAGUUUUGAUAGCACUUGCAAGAAUGCGCACCUUAUGUCUAGGUACCGGUACAGGAAUGUUGCCUUUAGCGGUCUCGCUGUUGCUCCUCAUCCCUUAGGGGACGCAGAGGAGGGAACGGAUGGUGGCUUGAUCUUAAAAAUACUUCAACACGCGUGCUGAACCCUUUCGUUCCCAGAGUUUCGCCAUAGUCGCAUCUUUAAGAGUUCGCUUCCCGGAUCCCACAGAGAGACGCUACACGGACAACUGGUCAAGACUGCUCAACUCUGCUCACGCAAGCACCGAUCAAAAAGGCUCGAGAAUCAGCGGUAGGCCUUCGUCAGGCUGAAGCCCACGGCCACGCGAAAAACUUGUGAAUAUAUCUAUACCAAAUGAAAGGCGCCAUGUCAUGAAAACAGUCGAGUUUACUACAACUGCUGAGACCAGAAGACGUGCGCAUUCGUAACCGCUCAACGAGUACGUUAAAUACAUCAACUAACGCAUACGUCUGUAAGUAUCUGCGUUGUUUCUUGGAAACAACAUAAAACCUUUCGAGAAGAUUGUGACAUGUGCAGAGCCCGUGUGCGUAGCGAAGUGCACACCGUGGAAGGCGAUCUAAAUGCUGUCGUUAGACGAUUGCGUCCGUUGCAGGCGCCACUUCGUGUUAUUAGACCGUGUUUGUGUGUUUGUGCUUCAUGGUCGUUUUCAUAAAUGUGUCGUCCCUUGCCAGCCUCUUCUAUAACAGAGGAACCAAGACAAAUGGCCCAUGUGGACUUUGUCAAGUUAUACACUGACGUCUGAAUAUGAACAUGUAAUCUUUUGGGUCGUUAGUGUCUGUGUGUUAGCUGCACAAUCAUUUCGCGUAAUUCAUCUCAUGUAUUGACUGUACUGUACAGAUGCAGAGCAUCCAGCGUGUUGUCCAUACCACGAAAGUCUGGCAUGUGCUCGAACGACUGGAGCGUUGUAGAGAGCAUAAAUUCAUGUAUACAUUUUACCUGUAGUCAUUUUAAAUUUCUCUUUCUGCUGUUUCCACGUGUGACCGAGGUACUUUUUGACUGAAUGGAGACCUAUGCAUUAUUUUUUCGAUGAAAUAUCAAGCACUUUAUAACGCUGUAAAUGAAUGUUUUAUCACUGGGCACAUCGCACGAAUUUCUUGCUAAUAGCAUCACUGUGUUAGCCUCGCUUCCUCUACCCGUGAACUCGCUGGACUCACGACUUCUCAGUAUGAAACAUGACAAAAUUUAAUGUACCGGAGCUGACGUAACUUUUGCUAUUCGUGGGAGGCAGUUCACUGUUAUUUUAGAUUUUCCAGGAAAUUUGAACACGGCUUUAACUGUAUUUGAAACGAAUUAACUCUCACAUGCGCAAAUUUACUCUGGAUCAAAUUCGGGGAAGAACGCUGUCAGCAAUAACAGCAGGUCGUCCCUGUAGCAGGCUUGGCGCCUAGGUCACGUUACCCGAUAGAGCCCGUCGAGCCAUGAAGCCACUCAUCAAGAUGUCUACUGCGUUACAAUGCAAGCAGCUGUACCAGUUUCCCCUCCCAUGACUAAGAAACCACAGGAAGGUAGCCUUGAAUCGAUCAACAGCGGGCGAACAAAGUUGGUGAGAACCUCAGAAACAAGAGGACAAGGAAAGCAGGGGGCUGCAGCUUGAGGGUCACCCUGUAGUUUCCCUUUAGCACCCUUGUUCGUCGCCUGUUCGCCCAGUUUGUGUUACUUGAGGCAAGAUUAUCGCUCAUGCGACUAAAACCCGUUUUCGGAGCCAUCUUCACCAUUCUACAUUCAUUAAAUCCCCGAUUAACGCCACUGUAAUUUCAUUGCAAUUCCCGCAACCGUGCCCACGUUUACUGGUAUUCCAUCUUUUCAGUACGUAGAAAGUUAAUUAGGACAUGUGUCCACUUCCUGUUCGGGCACCUUCAUUGCAUUAUUCGUCAGAAGCUUGGACUUCUAGGGUAUUAUAGAGAACUGUGCAAUGCGGCCAAAGGGCAGAGAACUCGUACAUAGGAUUACUGAGAAAUUGCGGGGGGAAAACGUGACUGUGCUAGUAUUGUCUGCUCAUUACCCGUUUUCUUUUUUGCGGUGCGCUCGUGAGCGAUGCAACUAAUUGGUAAGCCGCCUUUUUCACGAUCUAUAUGACGCAUUCCCAGAUCGUCAAUAAACAUUACCGAUCUAGCAA